AUGGAAUCAAAAAGAAUUACCAAAGUACGAAAAGCAACUGAUUUAACUCCCAAAGAAUUAAAUGUACUUCGAUCAACUUCUAAAUUAAGUGAUAAAGAAAUAAAACAAUGGCAUGAGGAAUUUAUUAAAAAAUAUCCAAAUGGUAAAGUUGAUAAAGAUUCAUUUGUUAAACUUUACAAAGAACUUCAUCCACAACAUGAUGAAGCUGCAAGCAAAACAUUAAUUGAUUCAAUCGAUACCGAUCAUGAUGGUUCAAUAAAUUUCAAUGAAUUUCUUUUCUUUACUGCUGCUAAUGCUCGCAGUUGUAGUUUAGAUGAACGACUCAAUGUUAUGUUUGAUUUAUGGGACGUUACUGAUGAUGGACAAAUUGAUCAAAAUGAAUUGGCUCAUCUUAUUUCAGCGAUGUAUGAUCGUGCACGAAUAAAAGAUCGUCAAGGUGAAAAUAAUCCUCAUGCACGUGCAAAAGCAAUUAUAACUAAACUUGAUGCUAGUGCUGAUAGAAAAUUAAAUAAAGAAGAAUUUAUCAAUGGAUGCAAAAAUGAUGAAGUUGUUAAAAAGCUUCUUGUUGCUGAUCAAUAA